UGUUAAUUUUUAUUUUUUAAACAUUCUAGUUAGACAAAAAAAUAUUUAACUUUAACAUUUGACGCAAUAGUUUUCUGUUAGAGCGCUGUUAAAGUCAGCUGUUUAUAUACCAUAUGUUUUGUAGGAAAUUGGCGGCAAAAGUUUGGCAACUUUAAUUGUUUGUUUUGGCGAAAGUUUACACAAAAGUGAAAAGAUUUAAUAUGGAAAACGGUUGUCCAGAAUGAACUUAACAAGCGUAGUUGUGUUUCGUGGAUCAGUACUUUUGUAUGGCAAAGCGUUGCAAAAGGUUUUAUAUGCAGAGUUAUUAACAAAUUUGUACAUAUUAAUAUGAAACUAAUCUUUUUUGUCCGAAUCCACACGUUUUCGAUCAAAUUUAAUUUUUCUAGUACAAUAUGAGUUUAGUCGUGCUAAUCUGGUUGACAUUUGGAGCAAAAACAAUCGCUCAGUCGACGCAGUACAACAACAUAUAUUGGCAAAUAUUGCAGAAAAACACUUAGAUGAGGAGAACAUAAGCUUAAUAAAUCAAAAAGUUAAAGGCUUUGUAAAUUACAUUCGUAAGCACCUGCCGAAGUGUAAUUCAACUCUUGAAAGAUUUAAGAUAAAACACUCGGAAUGGCUUGGCAAAAGCUUAUUCAUUGACAUCACUGGUCAAUAUGCCUUAACAAAUAAAAUGGGUCGCCCAAAAUGUGAUUACGAAAGCGCUGGUCCACGUCUAAAAAGAAAAUUAGCCGCCGAAAUUUCUAAAGAGAAUAACAAUUCAUCUCCCUUACUCAUACAUGCAGCCACAGUUUCAGCUAAAAAAUCAAAUGAAAAGAAUUUGGCUAUUGUUUUAAAAGCAGCUGGGAAUUGUGAGAGUAUUGAUGAUAUAAAAAAAAAACUUUUUACGGAUGAACCAAAACAAAUGUCACCCGACAGUGCUCUUGCUUUUAUAUUGGAAAACGGAUUCACAAAAACUCGUGUCAAUCUUGCCCAAUCUGUGGAGCGAAGCCAAAACAAUUGCUGAACUUUAAAGAUAUGAACUCAAAGGUUUUUAUGGCUAAGGCACACGCUCUUCAAUAUGGAAUCAGUCCUUUACACGCUUGGAUCCGCUUUUUCGAGUUUGUUUUAAAAGUCUCAUACAGAAUUGAGCUUAAGAAGUGGCAUGUAAAGGAUUGCGAUAAGUUUGACCUGGAAGCACGAAAAAGACUGUUGCAAUCAAAAAUGAUGAAAGAAAUGGGCCUAAAUGUAGACAAGCCUCUUCCAAAUGGCAGUGGCAACUCAAAUGAUGGCAACACAGCGUUUUCAAAUCCAGCUUUACUGUCAUCAAUUCUACAUUUUGAUUUUGACAUUCUGCAAAGUUUUCAUACUAUUUUAACGACAAUUUACUGCGAAUACAGCAUAAACUCGGAAAAGUUUAAAGCCUUCUGUGCGAAAGUUUUUGUGGCAUAUCACGAUAAAUAUCCUUGGUAUCCCAUGUCGCCCACAGUUCACAAAAUCUUAGUACAUGGGCACCAAAUAAUAGAUACAUGUUUAGUUCCUGUAGGCUGCCUUGGGGAACAUGCAUCUGAAUCAAGAAAUAAACUAUACAAAAGCGAUAGAAGAGGCCACGCAAGAAAAUGCAGUCGACUAGACAACAUCACUGAUGUUUUUAAUAGAUCAAUGGAUAGUUCGGAUCCAUUGCUGUCUAGCACCUUUUUUAAAAAAGGAUCGCAGCGAAUCAAGUUAAAAGUAAUACCAGCAGAAGUGAUAUCCCUACUACAAGAACCACUUAUAGAAAUACCUUCGGAAAAUAAUGAAGUGGAUUCGUCAGACGAGGAAGAUGAGGGUGAACUUGAGGUCAUUGCUUCAGAAGAUGAAUAUUUUGAGCUAGAAUAAAGUAAACCUAAUUAAAAAUUUGUUAAAUUGAUCUAUUCUUUUAAAUAUAUUUACUUAAAUUUCA